AUGACGAUGCUCAGCGGGCUGUUUGAAGCACGGCGCAUGAGCUUGAUGCUUACCAGGCGAGUCGUGCGCACAGUCAUUGGCGUCUUGGCCUUCGUCCUGACCGCUGCCAUGUUGCUCACUUUCCCUCGCCACGACCAAGCCAGCAAGAGAGGCUUGCUGCCCUUCGAUCGGGAGCACGUGGGCCCCGCCGCCUACGCCGCCGAGUCAGCCAGUCACUUCUCUCCCGUCGCCUUUGACGAUCCGGAAGGAACGAGCAGGGCCGACCUGUGCGCCUCUUUCCCCAGCCAUCUCCUCAACCACGUCCAGCCCGUCUUGAAGAUCGGCCACAGCGAAGACGGGGACAGGCUCCGUGCGAGCUUCAGCUCUGUGUCGUCAUGCUUCGACAAGGACGACUUGUUGGUCGUCUCGGACACGGACGAGGUCGUUCAUGGCCACCGAACCGUUGACGUGCUCGCCCAUCUACCCGCCGCCUGCUACAACCUGACUGCGAAUCCCGAUUUCCGAAACUACAUGGAGCAACGGGAAAUGCAAAAGAACGGCACCCUCAAGGACAAGACGCAGACGCCAAUCAACGGCUGGAUUCUCGACAAGUACAAGUUCCUCCCCAUGGUCGAACGCGCCUGGCUGGCCAAGCCCGGCAAGGCCUUCUACUUCUUCUACGAGGCGGACACGUACGUCUUCUGGGACAACGUCUUUCGAUUUCUCCAAGCCUUCGAUCCCGACACGCCCAUCUACAUGGGCUCGCCAUCUCCCGGCCGCCACGACGCCGACCGAGACGCCGACACGUGGUUCGCUAAUGGCGGACCUGGCGUGGUUUUGAGCAGGGCCGCAAUCAAGGCGCUGUUGCACCGCGAGACAGACGCCAAUGGCCACUACGUCGAGCCUCACGUCACGGAGAAGUGGCAGCACCUCGUGGCCGAAGACUGCUGCGGCGACAGCGUGCUUGGAUGGGCUCUCUGGAACAGCACCGUCCAGCUGCAAGGGUACUGGCCCAUGUUCAACCCUCACCCCCUCCACAACAUUCCCUUUGGUGAUUUGCACUGGUGCCAGCCGGCCUUGACGCUGCACAAGACGCAGCCCAAAGACAUGGUCGACUUGUGGCACUGGGAGUUUGGGAAACGACAGCUGCAUCGCCCCAUGCUGUACUCUGACCUGUGGCAUCUACGGCUCCCCGGCGGGCAUGGGACUCUCAAGAACUGGGACAACGGAGACUGGGACGGCUGGGCGCCGCCCGCCGAGGCAUCCAUCAACAGCCCCGAAACCUGCGAGCAAUACUGUCACGGUCACGGGGACUGUCUCCAGUGGAACUGGCGAGGAGGCGACGAGAAGAGGUGCAUUGCGAUGAAGUCAGUGAGGUACGGAGCGGCUCGGAACCCCGAGUACCUGCUAGACGGCGGGGGCAGCGAGGCAAUACCCGACGAUGAAGUCGACGGCAAGCCUCGAGGAAAGUGGGUAGAGUACCGGAGUGGAUGGGUCCAGGACCGCAUCGAAAGCUGGAGGAGUAAGAGGCACUGCGAGCAGGCGCACUGGGUCGGACCGAGCAUCAGUCGUGUGUUUUGA